AUGUUUUUCUGGGAAGUUACAGCUUUUCCUGUAAACUGUACAGCUUCACAUAUCGAUAUUAGACAAGAUAAAGGUUUAAGAAAAUCACGCCAAGAGGUUUCUUUGGCUAGUUACAACUUCAACAAAGGAGAUUGCGAGGAGGACUGGUUCCAAUUCAAUAAGAAUUGCUAUAAAGUUACGACAGCAAUACGGAAUAAUCACGACGCCAAUGAACAUUGUUCCUCAACGAAAGCUGAGUUAGUCAAUAUACACAGCAGCAGUGAAAACAUGUUUAUCAGGACUUUGGCUAACAUACAGGGUUCCCAGAGCUAUAUAUGGAUUGCAGUAUCAAAAACAACAGGCGUCUAUAACAACUGGUUACCAGGAAAAGAAGGAAGAGGUGCCAGCGGUUGCGUUAUGAUGGAUCUGAAUGGCUAUUGGAGGGCGUUUGACUGUGGUUAUAUGCUUCCAUUCGUUUGUAAAAAAGCUCAAAAAGAGGAUGAUACAGAACUGCAACUCCUACUUGCUUUACUCAUACCAAUAUUACUGUGUGUUUCAGUCGCUCUAACACUUAUUACAGCACUACUAAUCAUCAGUAUCUGCAGUGAAGACGAACCAUUCAAAAUGGCAAAUCGUUAUUGUAACACGAAGAAGGAAAGAAAACCCGCAAAGGGGCAUAUGAUGGAUGUUAUAAGAAAAGCAUCAAUGAACAUGAGAAACAUGAAAUUUAAAUAUAAAAGAAAAUCUGUACCUGGUAUUGAAAUUACCAAAGUUAAAAACACCGACGAUCCCUCAGAACAGAACGGUAUCAUGAAAACAAAGCCGCGGUAUAAACUAGGAAACAAACAUAAUACAAAAAAUUUAAAUAUACCCGAGAAGGAAGAACGUUCUAGUAUUAGCAGCACAAGCGAAAAGUCCAGUCUUUACGAACUUCUAGCAAGACUUAACACAAUGGAUUUUGAAAUUGCACGGAAAUAUCGCUCCGAUGAACGUCGUCAAAAAGACGACAUACUAGUGAAAGAUGAUGAAAACAGACUUCAGAUCGACGAUGUAAUUAACGAAAAGGAAGGAAGCUGUAGUGAUAGUCAUGAACAUCUACUUGACACAAGACAAUCAUAUGAAGAAAAGGCAACGUCAAGUAAUAGUUCCUUCAGUAACAUAGCAUUUCAUUAUUCCGUUGAAAGCAUUGGAGAAAAAGGUGAUGGGAUAACAUGGGUGAAAACAGUACAACAUAUGAAUGAAAAAAAUUCAUUAGAAGAAAUCCAGGUUAUUUUAAUCUAUGAAGGCGACCAGGAAAUACUGAAUGAAAGACUUCUUAAACAACCAUGUGAGAAAACUGAUAUAAAUUCACAGAACAUGAAAAAUGAAAUCGUUAAAGUCGACGUACAUCAUAAUUUAAACAGUAAAGAGACUGUUCAAGGCGAUGUACAUCACGAUUUAAACAGUAAAGACAACGUUCAAGGCCACGUACAUCAUUAUUUAAACAGUAAUGAAACCGUUCAAGGCGAUGUACAUCACGAUUUAAACAGUAAUGAAACCGUUCAAGGCGAUGUACAUCAAGAUUUAAACAGUAAUGAAACCGUUCAAGGCGAUGUACAUGAUGAUUUAAACAGUAAUGAAACCAUUCAAGGCGAUGUACAUUAUGAUUUAAACAGUAAUGAAACCGUUCAAGGCGAUGUACAUCACGAUUUAAACAGUAAUGAAACCGUUCAGGGCGAUGUACAUCACGAUUUAAACAGUAAUGAAACCGUUCAAGGCGAUGUACAUCAUGAUUUAAACAGUAAUGAAACCGUUCAAGGCGAUGUACAUCACGAUUUAAACAGUAAUGAAACCGUUCAAGGCGAUGUACAUCAUGAUUUAAACAGUAAUGAAACCGUUCAAGGCGAUGUACAUCACGAUUUAAACAGUAAUGAAACCGUUCAAGGCGAUGUACAUGAUGAUUUAAACAGUAAUGAAACCGUUCAAGGCGAUGUACAUCAUGAUUUAAACAGUAAUGAAACCGUUCAAGGCGAUGUACAUCACGAUUUAAACAGUAAUGAAACCGUUCAAGGCGAUGUACAUGAUGAUUUAAACAGUAAUGAAACCGUUCAAGGCGAUGUACAUCAUGAUUUAAACAGUAAUGAAACCGUUCAAGGCGAUGUACAUCACGAUUUAAACAGUAAUGAAACCGUUCAAGGCGAUGUACAUGAUGAUUUAAACAGUAAUGAAACCGUUCAAGGCGAUGUACAUGAUGAUUUAAACAGUAAUGAAACCGUUCAAGGCGAUGUACAUCAUGAUUUAAACAGUAAUGAAACCGUUCAAGGCGAUGUACAUCACGAUUUAAACAGUAAUGAAACCGUUCAAGGCGAUGUACAUCACGAUUUAAACAGUAAUGAAACCGUUCAAGGCGAUGUAAAUCAUGAUUUAAACAGUAAUGAAACCGUUCAAGGCGAUUUACAUCACGCUUUAAACAAUAAUAAAACAUGGAUGAGCGAAAAUAAACAUUGCAAUAAGAAUAGUAAUGAUUUAGUGAAUAGAACGUCAAAACGUCAAGUGUUAUGGACGUAUAAAAUAUAAAAAAUGUUCUAUUUAUAAUUAAAAUGUUCUACAUUAAAUGUAAAUUGAUGCAUA